UCUGGGUACCCACGUGGGCUGGGCCCGAACCCGCCGAGGGGCCUGUGGCGGGAGCCGCGCACGGUUUGAAGGCGCCAUGGGCAAGCUGCGCCGGCGCUACAACGUCAAGGGGCGCUUGCAGGCGGAGCCGCGGCCCGCCAAGGGCGCCCCCGAGCCGCCCCCCGUGCGGCUGGAGCUGGAGGACAAAGACACCUUGAAAGGAGUAGAUGCAAGCAACGCACUUGUCCUGCCUGGGAGAAGGAAAAAAAAGACCAGGGCGCCGCCCCCGUCCAAGAAGGAGAAGAAACCUCUGACCAAGAAGGAGAAAAAGGCGCUGCAGAGGGUCUUAGAGCAGAAGGAGAAGAAGAGCCAGCGAGCAGAGAUGCUGCAGAAACUGAGCGAGGUCCAGGUGUCAGAGGCGGAGAUGAGGCUCUUCUACACCACGUCCAAGCUGGGCACAGGGGACCGCAUGUACCACACAAAACAGAAGCCCACGGAGCCGGCAGCCCAGGGCCAGGGCAUUAGCAGCCUGAGCGGUGCCCACCGCAAGCGCCGCCGCCAGCCAUCCUCAGAGGAGGAGGAGGAGGAGGAGUCCUCAGAGGACUCUGAGCCUGAGGCCCCUGCUCCCCUCCAGCCAGGGACUAGUGAAGGGUCAGUCACAGCUCACUUGCCGCCAGCUCUGCCUGAAGCUGGAGAUGAGAGCCCAGUACCCAGCAGCCAGCCCACUCCAGACAGGACCUCAACACCUGCCGCCGCCCGGCCGCGGCCCCGUGCCAAGCCUGCAGUGUUUGUGCCGGUGAACCGCACCCCAGAAAUGCAGGAGGAGCGGCUGAAGCUGCCCAUCCUCUCAGAGGAACAAGCCAUCAUGGAGGCGGUAGCUGAGCACCCGGUGGUCAUCGUGUGUGGGGAGACAGGCAGCGGGAAGACAACGCAGGUGCCUCAGUUCCUCUACGAAGCUGGCUACAGCAGCGACCACAGCAUCAUCGGCGUCACGGAGCCCCGCCGGGUGGCCGCCAUGGCCAUGUCUCAGCGAGUGGCCAAGGAGAUGAAUCUGUCACCGCGGGUCGUCUCCUACCAAAUCCGGUAUGAAGGAAAUGUGACCGAAGACACCAGGAUCAAGUUCAUGACAGAUGGGGUGUUGCUCAAAGAAAUCCAGAAGGACUUCCUGCUGAAGCAGUACCGGGUGCUGAUCGUGGACGAGGCCCAUGAGCGCAGUGUCUACACGGACAUCCUCAUCGGGCUCCUUUCUCGCAUCGUGAAGCUGCGCGCCAAGAGGCACAUGCCACUGAAGCUGCUCAUUAUGUCGGCCACCCUGCGGGUGGAGGACUUCACCCAGAACUCACGGCUCUUCCCCCAGCCACCACCUGUCAUCAAGGUGGAAGCCAGGCAGUUCCCGGUGACCGUGCACUUCAACAAGCGGACACCGCUGGAGGACUACGCCGGCGAGUGUUUCCGGAAGACCUGCAAGAUCCACCGCAUGCUGCCAGCAGGUGGCAUCCUGGUGUUCCUGACCGGGCAGGCCGAGGUGCACGCACUGUGCCGCCGGCUCCGAAAGGCCUUCCCAGCCCGCAGGGGCAGGCCACAAGAAAAGGAGGAUGAGAAAGACUCCACAGAAGAGGUUCGGAGGUUUAAGAAGUCUCGGGCACGGGCCAAGAAGGCCCAGGCAGCGGCGCUGCCCCAGAUCAACCUGGACAGUUACUCGGUGCUGCCGGUGGGAGAAGGCGAUGAGGACCGGGAGGCGGAGAUGGAUGACGAGGAGGCGGCCCUGGGCUCUGACCUUGACUUGGACUUGGGGGAUGAUGAUGGGGCUGAUGGAGGUGAGCAGCCGGAUGCCUCCCUGCCCCUCCAUGUGCUCCCACUCUACUCGCUGCUGGCCCCCGAGAAGCAGGCACAGGUCUUCAAGCCUCCCCCAGAGGGGACUCGGCUCUGUGUCGUGGCCACCAAUGUGGCUGAGACGUCCCUCACCAUCCCAGGCAUCAAGUAUGUGGUAGACUGUGGCAAGGUCAAGAAACGCUACUAUGAUCGUGUCACCGGCGUGUCGUCCUUCCGCAUCACCUGGGUCUCGCAGGCAUCAGCUGACCAGCGGGCAGGCCGGGCUGGCCGUACGGAACCAGGCCACUGCUACAGGCUGUAUUCCUCUGCUGUCUUUGGGGACUUUGAGCAGUUUCCUCCCCCAGAAAUCACACGCAGGCCAGUGGAGGACUUGAUCCUGCAGAUGAAAGCUCUCAACAUCGAGAAGGUCAUCAACUUCCCUUUCCCCACACCUCCCUCUGUGGAGGCCCUCAUCGCCGCUGAGGAGCUGCUCAUUGCUCUGGGAGCCCUGCAGGCUCCCCCAAAAGCAGCAAGGAUGAAGCAGCUGCAGAGCUCCAGGCUGAGUUGCCCCAUCACCACGCUGGGCCGGACCAUGGCCACCUUCCCCGUGGCCCCUCGCUAUGCCAAGAUGCUAGCGCUGAGCCGGCAGCACGGCUGCUUGCCCUACGCCAUUGCACUGGUGUCCGCCAUGACUGUGCGGGAGCUAUUUGAGGAGCUGGACAGACCCGCUGCCAGCGAUGAGGAGCUUGUGACCCUGAAGAGCCGGCGAGCCCGGGUGGCCCAAAUCAAAAGGGCCUGGGCUGGACAGGGGGCCUCUCUGAAGCUUGGGGACCUCAUGGUGUUGCUAGGUGCAGUGGGAGCCUGUGAGUACGCUGGCUGCUCGCCCGAGUUCUGCCAAGCCAAUGGGCUGCGCUACAAGGCCAUGCUGGAGAUCCGGCGCCUGCGCGGUCAGCUGACCACCGCGGUCAAUGCCGUGUGCCCCGAGGUUGGACUCUUUGUGGAUCCCAAGAUGGAGCCGCCCACCGAGAGCCAAGUGACCUAUCUGCGGCAGAUCAUGGCGGCCGGCCUGGGCGACCACCUGGCCCGCAGGGUGCAGAGUGAGGAGCUGCUGGAUGAGAAGUGGAGGAAUGCCUACAAGACCCCUCUCCUAGAUGACCCAGUCUUCAUCCACCCCAGCUCCGUGCUUUUCCGAGAACUCCCGGAGUUCGUAGUAUACCAGGAAAUUGUGGAGACCACGAAGAUGUACAUGAAAGGCGUCUCCACUGUGGAGAUGCAGUGGAUCCCAGCCCUGCUGCCCUCCUACUGCCAGUUCUCCACACCCCUGGAGGACCCGCCCCCUGCCUACUGUCCUGAGACCGGCCGGGUCCUGUGCCACCGUGCCAGUGUGUUCUACCGAGUCGGCUGGCCGUUGCCCGCUGUCCAGGUUGAUUUUCCAGAAGGACUUGACUGCUACAAGCACUUUGCCCGUUUUCUGCUAGAAGGCCAGGUGUUCCCCAAGCUGGCCUCCUACAAGAGCUGUCUGCUGUCCAGCCCCAGCACAAUGCUGAAGACCUGGGCCAGGCUGCAGCCCAGGACUGAGAGUCUGCUGAAAGCCCUCGUGGUCGAGAAAGCCGACUGCCGGGGAGCCCUGCUAGCUGCUUGGAAGAGAAACCCCAAGUACCUACUGGCCGAGUACUGUGAGUGGCUCCCACAGGCCAUGCACGCCAGGGUGGAGAAGGACUGGCCCCCCACCUCUGACCGGUGACCUGCAGCCAAGGACUCGCCACACCACCCCACCCCGCCCCAGCCAGCUGUCCCCAUCGUGCCUUUGCAUACUUAUUUAUGACAAGACCCCAUGACAGGGGCCAGCCAUGGGCUCACAAUGGAGCCCAUCUUACCUGUACCUAGUGCAGGUCACCUCAGGGCCAGGGUGCUGGCAGACCUUCCCCAGCAGUGGGGAUGCCCAGAGCAGAAGGCACCCCUCAAGUUCUGCCCCACCCUCAGGGGUCCUUCCUGGGAACUUCCAUGUACCAAGGAUUGGGCACUUGUCACCCAGGGCGGCAGGGAUGACCUGGCUGUCCUUGACCAUGCCACAGAUGGCAGACCUGGCACUGGCCGGGGGGGUCCCACAACCCUGUCCCUCCAUCCCUUCUGCCUCUUAGGCUGAGGUAGAAGGGAACAAGGCAAGAACAGCUUGGACCACAAAUCCAGGACACAUUCCUGACAUGUGACAGGAACAACCUAAGAAGAAGGAUUUAUUUUGCUUUGUUUUAGAGGUUUCCAUCUGUCUGUGAUGACGGGCCAACUAGCCAAAGUCCUCAGAGACUCCAUCCCUUGUAACCAGCAAAGUGCCAGACACGUGUGGCUUAUGUGGUAGAGCAUCACCACAAAAUGCCAAGCAAAAAUGCCGAGCAAAAGUGGAGACCUGAAUUCAAGCCCCUGUGCUGGCACAAAUAAAAUAAAAAAUUAUGGCAUU